AUGACGAAUUGUAAUGAGAACACGUGCCAGGACGUGAUUGAGGAAGGUGGAUUGGAGUACGUCUUUCGAGCAUGUAGAUCAGAGGACACAAGAGCUGUAAAACAUGCUCUACAAACAAUGGCAAAUCUGCUGUUUCGUGUUGGAAGGGAUCACCAAUAUGAAAUGGUGAGAAGAAACACCUUUGCUUGGCUCCUGAUUCUGGCAGUGCAUUCGAAUGAGGAAAUCCAAUACUAUGUUUUCCUUAUCGUCACUAUUCUCUCAAAUAAUCGGGAACUGGACGCAGUUCUGGACCGUUCAGAGCUCAUCAGUCUCAUGAUUCAAUUCGUCAAACGUCACGAUGUUCGAGAAUUCGCAAGCCACCAUUUCACCGAUCAAACAGUCAUAUUCUCAGAGGACUGGCUUACUUUCAUUCUUCCUGCUCUAACAACAGAAAGUCGCUUUGAAAUUCAAGCUUUCGCAGCCUUCCAUUUCGCUGUAGCAGCUCAGCUACGAACCAAUCUGAUUAAAGAAUUGGCUCCUGCAAACAAAGCGAUGAUUGAGACUGCUUUAGUGAAAGUUUCAGGACUCAAACGAGAUCCAGCGUGGAAGCUGGCAGCUCAUGCUCUGGAUACAAUGGGUUCAAAGGUUCCAAAGGCUCUUUCUCUUCAUGUUUUCAACUGGCCAACUGAGGAUGUCAUCUGCUGGAUGAACAGAGAGGGCUUCGAGGCCUUUGCUGAGACGAGCAAAAUGCUAAAAAUUGACGGCGAUAUUCUAUUGGGUUUGACAGAAAAAGAACUAGAUGAGGGUUUAGGGAUUUCUAACUGUAUUAUCCGCCGCAGAUUCCUUCGACAACUAAGUCACCUUAAGUCAAUUGCAAAUUUUUCUCCAAUUGAUCCCACUGGAAUAGCAGACUUCUUGGCUGAAGCUUCGGAAGACAUCCAGAGUUCAGUUGACACUAAUAAUAAAGAUGGCACAAGCGACGGUGAUGAGUCAAAGGAUACGUUGGAUAUCACUUCAACUAUUGAUGCAGGUAUGCUCAUAACAAUGCUCACUCAAUAUACAUAUAACCUUCUCAGUCAUGGAGUGACUCGUCAAGGAUUGGCUGAUUUGACAGAGUCGGAUCUUGAGCAUACCUGUCACAUCUCAGAUGCCAUUCAUCGGAAGCAACUUCUAAGGGCAGUGAAAAAUGCCACAAGUGGAAGAAAAACAGAUGGCGACGACACAGAAAAUCGCAUUGACGUCUUCAUUUCCUACCGACGUUCCAACGGCACUCAUCUUGCCAGCCUUGUGAAAACACUCCUCCAACUUCGCAACUACAAAGUCUUCCUUGAUAUCGAGCGCUUGAAAGGUGGACGAUUUGAUCAAAAACUUAUCGAUUCAAUCAGACGAUCGGAUAAUUUCAUCCUGAUACUCACGGAAGGCGCUCUAGAUCGAUGCACUACGGACGGCAGUCUUGACUGGGUUCGGAGGGAAAUUAGGUGCGCGUUGGAGAGCAGUUGCCAUAUCAUUCCCCUAACAGAUCGAUUUGACUGGAGUGUUACAGAAAUUAUCCCUGAAGAUAUACGAGCAAUCACGAAAUUCAAUUCUGUCCAAUGGACACCGGAGUUUGAGGAGGGCUGCAUUGAUCGAAUUAUCGACUUCAUGAAACCCAGACACCAUUCAGGAGUGAAAUGGGAGUGA